GAACCUAAGGACAUUUGUUUUUAGUGGAUUGUAUUUCAGAGUGACACAUUCCGAGCGGGAAUGGUUCUUCCACUAUUUGUUGACUGACUUCAUGAAAUUACUUAAAAUUCGUUUUAAAAUAUUGACUGAGCAGAAACAGAAAAGGUGGGAUGCUGCGUUCCAAGCUGCUGACUCUGGUUCUGGUGCUCCAGCCUGGCAGGGUGCUACUGGGCAUGAAGAAGCGAGGAUUUGGGGUUGGGAGGUGGAACGGUUUCGGGGGCAAGGUCCAAGUUGGAGAAACUGUCGAGGAAGGAGCAAGAAGGGAACUCCUCGAAGAAAGUGGCCUCACAGUGGACAUGCUGGAAAAGGUCGGGAAUAUACAAUUUGAAUUUGUCGGCGAGGCUCAGUUGCUCGACGUCCAGAUUUUUCGGGCCGAUUCGUACAAUGGAGAGCCAAUGGAAACAGAAGAAAUGAGACCGCAGUGGUUUGACUUGGACAAAAUCCCUUUUGACCAAAUGUGGCCCGACGACAAGAUAUGGUUCCCGCUGCUACUGCAGAAGAGGAAAUUUGUGGGCUACUUUCACUUCCAGGGCCACGACGUCAUCCUGAGCCACAAGCUGAACGAGGUGGAGCAGUUGUGAGAAGAUGACGGCAAACUGUGUGGGAGGUGUCACAUUCCUCGACUCAGAAGUAUUGAUGUGGAAAUUAUACUGUGUGAGAAAUUGCCAUUACUAGAGAAAUUGAAUUUGAAUACUGGUAAAAUGCCCAAAAAUAGAGGAUCAAAACAUUAGAGCAGAGCAAUUAGGGAUGGGCAUAAUAAUCGAUUAAUUCAUCAGUCAACUGUAUGUAAUUUUCAUUUACCGUGAACCCUCUUGUAUUUACAGUUCGAGAUUGGUAAAUUUACCCAUUUGUCAAUUUUA